CAGAGACAUGGGUCUGAGUAAGGCGUUCUCUGAUUGGUCCACGGAAGCCAUGUUUGCACGUCCAGCUGUCUCAAUGCUAACCGGUUAGCUGUCUGAGCUACAUUUUUCCUUUUACUGGCAAUUUACAAACUUAUCCGACCGUGUCACCACUUUAACACUAAGCUAUUGGCACUUGGCGAUGCCGGUUCACUCCCGGGACAAGAAAGAAAACAAUCAAGACGAAAUGGAGGUGGAUUUUCCGGAUCAAGACGGCAGUAGCACAGACGAGGAGGAUACGGUUAGCUCCUCGGUGUCUGAAGAUGGAGACACAUCGGAAAUGGACGAUGAAGAUUGCGAGAGGCGGAGGAUGGAGUGUCUGGAUGAGAUGACCACUUUGGAAAAGCAGUUCACAGAUUUGAAAGAGCAGCUGUACAAGGAGCGUCUGAGCCAGGUGGACAUUAAACUGCAGGAGGUGAUGGCCGGCUGUGCACAGGAGUAUCUGGAGCCUUUAGCCAACCUGCAGGAGAACAUGCAGAUUAGGACCAAAGUGGCAGGAAUCUACAGGGAGUUGUGCUUAGAAUCAGUCAAGAACAAAUACGAGUGUGAGAUCCAGGCGGCCUGUCAGCACUGGGAGAGUGAGAAGAUGCUGCUGUUUGAUACGGUGCAGAGCGAGUUGGAGGAAAAGAUCAGAAGACUGGAGGAAGACAGGCACAGUAUUGACAUAACCUCAGAGUUGUGGAGCGAUGGUCUGCACUCACGAAAGAACAAGAAGAAAGACCCAUUCUGCCCAGUGAAAAAGAAGAAGCCUGUUGUAGUCUCUGGGCCGUAUAUUGUUUACAUGCUGCAAGAUCUGGACAUUCUUGAAGACUGGACCGCAAUAAGAAAGGCCAUGGCGUCCCUGGGUCCGCACAGAGUAAAGGUGGACGUCCCCGUGGUGAAGGUCGACCGGCAUCACCAUGUGGCGCGGUCAGAGGACGGCCGGCUGUUCUAUGACAACCAAUGGUACUGCAGAGGACAGGCCAUCUGCAUCAACCGCAAGGACGACUACCCCACCAGUGCCAUCAUCACCACCAUCAACAACGACGAGGUGUGGUUCAAACGCUUGGACGGGACCAAGUCUAAGCUGUACGUCUCUCAGCUGCAGAAAGGCAAAUACACCAUUAAGCACUCAUAGGCCUGCUCCUUAAACCUCCUCUCUGUCUUCGCGGUCCCGUUCUACAUGCUUACCUUAGUUGCAGUGACGUGUGAGCAACAUCAGCAAAACUCGACAAACGUAUGUGACGAUAACACAUACACUUGGAGUCUAUAGUUAGCAUUUGACUGUAAAUAUGUUGAUAAACUCACAAAGUGUCAUUUUCUCUUGAGAUUAAGUGCUGCUAAACAUGAAGGGAGAAAACUGUUGACUUGUGAAGCAUGGAGCGUGCCUUUCUGGGACAAGAACUAUCAAUGCAGUGAAGCCUUACCCUGUUUUAGAGGACUGAGCAGCAGGCCAAAAGUGAAAGGUCUAAGCUUGUCUCAGUAUUUCUUGCUCUGUGGAGCUUAUAAAUCUGUGUUAUAGGGCCCCAAUUGCCUAAAACAGCAAAAUUGCACAGGUCGUCAACAUUGAGUUUGUAUGAGAACAGUGCGUUUCGAUGUGAUGAAAUUGUCUUGAUAAACUGAGUUAUGUUAGAUGGCGCUCAAGGUUUUGUUGAACGCUUGAAGAAAUGCCACAGUAGUCCAUGUGUUUUGUUUUUUUGUUUUUUUGUUUUUUAUUAACCAUAUAGUUGAAAUCCUAUCCAACAAGUGCACUAAACAUGACAAAACAUAGACGAUAGAAAUCUAAACUGAUUUAAAAAAAAAUGACUUACUAUUAAUUAAACACUACAAAAAACGUGAGAUUGAACAAAAUUAUUUAUUAUUACAAUAUAUUGCUGCUUAAUUUAAAAUUCAGCUGUCAUAGUGUUGUCAAAUGGUGUGUUUUUGUUCUAGACCAUAUUAAAAGGUUUAAAAAAAUGUAAGUUGGGCUAGUUGGUGCAUGUAUUUUGUCUAUGUUAAACUUCAGGAGUGGCCAUUUUGAGACUAUUUGUGGGCUCAAGAUUACUAAACACAAUAACACAAUAUUUGAUCAUCUCCCAUAAUCACUGCAUUGCAAUAACACAAUUAUCAAUAGGUCUGAGGUAAUAGAAUGUGGAACUAUAGAGAUUGGGAUUGUGUUGUUACAUUUCCUUGCAUUUUCAGUCAGCCUAAUGUCAAACAGGGAGAUUUUAAGAUGCUAAAUACUAAACUUGGCAUUCAUUCAAAAGUAUAAGACUCUAUGUAGUGAUAUACCAGUAGUGACUCCACAGCCUAUCGGGUUGUUUAAGUUUUAUAUUGUUUUUGCAAAUCUAUCUCUAUGGACAUUUGGCACAUUUUGUCAAUAAAGUUUUCUAUUUUACUGUACAAGAAUAAGAGUAAAGUAACAUUAGGCAGUCGUAAAGGGUCGAAACGGUUGAGAAACGAUUGAGAAUCAAGAUGGCGGCGUUGUUUUUCGUCACUGUGAAUCCCCUUUCGUGUCUUCAUGUUGCCAUUCGUCCCAUAGUGCCUCGUAAUCAUGAGCGCAAGGCAGGUUUAGACUGUCGCUGCGAUGCUGGCCAUAAAGGCAGACGCAAAUUAGAUCUUUAUUUGUCCUCGUAUAUAUAUAUCCAAUAUGUUACGUUUCUCAUUUUCUUCAAUAUUAAACUCAUUUUUCAGUGUUAAUCUUAAUAUUUUGACUGUCAGAAAACCUACAAAAGGAGCCACUUUCCAACUCCGUCCUUUUAACAUGUUGCUUUAUUUCUUCGUGAAUUUAUUUCUUCUUUUGUGUUGAAAUUGCGAUGUCUUGUGUUUCUGAUGUAAAGACAAAAGGUGCUUAAAACAAUGUGAAGCCCAAACGCGUCAUCAACUGUACUGUUGAAGAAAAUAAUAACAUUGCAUUACUUUUUCUUUUUUGUACAUUUUUAUGCAUAAUAUUUUUCUUCCACGAAUGCUGGAAGCUGCAAAGAUAAAAUGUGAAAUUGUGCCAUAUGCAUGUCAUUAAAGACUUUUCUGUUUGAAUCUCUAUUG